AUGUCCCUCGUCAGGAGUAGCGAGCAAGAGCCAGGCACCCCAGAGAGGCUUGGCGAUGACAUCGAGGAUGGCAAAGAAGAGGAUCUCUGCAUCGGGGUUGAGCUUCCCGGUUCCCUCGCAAAGAGCGAAAGCGACGGGGUAAGCGGUCCAGACGACGACAAGGGCGAGCGAGAUCUGGUUGUAGAGACCUCCGACCUUGGGGCUGCGGAGGAAAGCGGUGGAGCGACCCGAGGUGACGAGCUGGAGCAAGACCCAGGCGAAGGCGACGCACGAGAAGGUGAAGAAACCCCACUUGCCAGUCUUGGUAGGGUGAACGCCGGCAAUGACACCGGUAACGAUCAUGACCUCAUCGGCGAGGACGAGGACGAUAAUCUCGGCGACGGGGAGACCAGCGAGGAGGGUCAAGUCGAAGAGGAGGAGGGGAGUGGACAACUUACAUCGAGCAAAGUAAAAUUCGCGAGGAGCAGAGUGACGUUCGCCAAUGUUGGUCAAAGUCUUGCCGACGCCGGUAGCCAUGGCAAAGUACGAGAGAGCAGCGAUAGCAGUGAUGAAGAAGGUGGUGGUGUGCAUGAGACGGUAUCGGUAAGAAGCGCGCUGGGACGAGAUGAAGAAGAGGACGGAGAAGCCGGCCAUGAUGAAGAAGACGGCCCAAAGGUAGGUGUGACCCCACUGAGUCGAGACGAUGGGGUGCUCGAGGUGAGGCGGAAUGGGAGGGAUGCCGACAUCGGGCUUCUUGAAAGCGUCAAGGACGCUGUCGUAGUAGAACGAGUUCAUUGUGUCGAGGAAGAGUUAGCACGACAAGGGCCGGAUGGGUGUGUCUUGAAGGAUGCUCUUGCGGAAGGUGUAGGUAGCCGCGACGUCGACAGCUUUUGA